AUGAAACUGGGGAUAUUGCUCGCCAGCGCCUCCAAUGGUCAAAGACUGAUGGGAGGCUUUGAAGAUGAUUUUGCAGAAAAGGUGGCUUGGGACAUUGAAUCUGAGGAAUCACGGCACUGGUGCGAUCAACAAGGAAUCGACAUCGAUGGCAAAAACAAGUUCAACCUUGACUCGCUCAAAUUUCGACACCAGCUUGAGUCCAACGAUAUGGAGCGCUCUUUCACCCAUUUCACCACAACAGUUCAAAAGGACAGAAUCAUCGGAGGAGAGAACGCACAGAAAAACGCUUGGAAAUGGAUCGGUUAUUUCUACGGCUGUGGAUCUACCCUGAUCGCGAAUGAUUGGGCCCUCACUGCUGCUCAUUGCUGCACAAUUCCAGCCUGGUACUUCAAAGGAAAGCAACUGUGCUUCGGAAGGGACGAGCGAGGAGUUCCAGCGCCGAAUGAACAAUGUGCCGAAAUCGUCGAUUUGAUUCAGCAUCCGCUGUAUGAUCGAUCAGAAACUGUCCUCAACGAUAUCUGCCUCAUCAGGCUCGGGAGCAAAAUUAAGUACACAGAAACUGUCGAGCCCUCGUGCUUGCCGAGAAUGGGCGCGUCAUUAUCCGAAAAAGAUACGAAGGAUGUCGAGUGCUUUGUCGCUGGAUGGGGUUACAGACAAGAAGGAGUAGGUUCAUCUCUCCCAUCGAUUCUUCAAGAUACUGAUGCCAACAUCUUAUCAAAUUCGACUUGUGACAAAGCCUACACGCAAGUCGACGAAAACGGCAGAAUCAUCAACUAUUACCGUCGCGAUGAAAUGAGCUGUUUCGGCCACACCGAUGGAACCCGUGACGCCUGCCAGGGAGACUCCGGAGGACCUCUUGUUUGCCUUGAAGAUUCAGAAAACAUUCCUGGAAGAAAGAACCCGGUUUUGAGAGGUGUUGUUUCGUGGGGAGAAGGAUGUGCCAGAUUUGAGAAGCCAGGAGUAUACGCCAGACUGUCAAACUACAUCGAUUGGAUUCACGAAACGAUCAUCGAGAAAGCCCAAUCGCCAAGCCCGAUUUGUUUGCUUCCAGAAAAUGUGUUCGAUAUCAAUACCAAAAAUGCGCUGAUCGACUGUGCUUGGGACAAAUGCACUGUUCAUUGCAAAAAUCCCGACUGGACUCCAAGUCUGAAAACACUGACAUGCAAUACUCUCACCAAAAAGUACACAGAGGCAAAAAUCACGACCCUCAUUGAUUGCGCACCAGAUCCAGGUCCUGGAAACAAGCUAUUCUCCGCGUGUGGCGCUCUCACGAGUCAUUUUGAUGUAGAUCUAGAAAAUUUAGACGUCAAGUGCAACGCGAAAGUCUGCAAAAUCUACGCGAAGAACAAGAAGCUCUUUUCUCCAAGUGUGAAUGUCAUCAAAUGCCAGCGUGGAAGAUAUGUUUUCAAGGGAGAUUCAGUCAAAGCUCAUCCUGCUGGAACAACGACAAAAGCUUGUGGUGCAUUCUUCGACCGCUUCCCUGAAGUAGCCAAUAGUGGAAUCAAAGUCAGUUGCAAGCCAAAUGCGUGCUUUUUGUCAGCCGAUGGGGUCUUCCAAAUUCAACCUUCGAACAAAGUCAUGUGCAAGAAGAGAGAAUGGGUGAUUAACAAUAAAGUUAUUGGAUCAUCAAAGAUCGAGUUUUCAUCGCAAACUUUCGAUGAAUUUGAUGAUGAGCCACGAUCGUUUAAAGCUGGAGUCGAGAAUGGAAUCUGCGGAAGAACUUCGGUCUGGGAUUACGUCUUGCAGAAGACUAGGAAGGAUUUGAGAGCACAGGGAGCAAAGGCUGUUUGUUCCCCAAGUUCUAUGCCAUCGAAGUGGACAUGUCAAAUUUAUUGCCCACCGAAAAACGGCGCAUCUGCAAAGAAAACGGGCGUCCUUCUCUCCUGCAAGAAGAAUUCCUGGCUUCCUGGAAACCUUCCCUCGGCGAAAUUUCAAUGCUAG